GUCAAUCCAAACGAUCUCAUCUCUUCCCAGCUUCUCACUCCCUCUUUUCUCCCUUUUUCUCUGUUCUCUUCUACUCUACCUACCUUAUUUCUGACCUCUGCCCACUACCGCCACGAUGGGGUCUGAUCCGCAGUACAUCAAGCACCCCGACCUCUCUCUCGCCCAAGAUGUCUUCCACCUCUCCAACCCAUCGGCUCCCCAGGUAGUUCGCCAGACAUCGCUUCAAAAAAUUCAAGAUGCCAUCAAAGAGUACAAAAUGGCUCCCUUCUACCGACACCUCGCACACCCCGUCGAAGGUAUCCUGAACAGCACCGGUGAAGGCGUUCCCCAGCACCCGCACGCAUCAGGUGGUACCAAGACCCUACUCGCUUCGAACAUGCUGGCGUCGCGGAAUACGCCCCAGAAGAUCGAUUUCCCGUGGGAUGAGGCGCUGUACCAGUCGCUAGUUGAGGAUAACAAGAAGGAUCUGGAGACUUUCCAGAAGGAGGAGGAUGAGGCAAAGGAGGCCGCUGGAGAGACGGAGGUGUUGGCCGCAGGGGGGAAGCGUGCUGAAUUCUGGGCACGAGUAGGAGAUAAGGACAAAGCAAUCGAAUCCCACGAAGAGCUUCUCGAGAAGAUCACGCUUCUCGGAACCAAGAUCGACCUCGUGCUGGCCAUGAUUCGGAUCGGAAUCUUCUUCGGCGACAAGGUAUCUGUCAAGAAAAACAUUGAGCGGGCCAAUGCUCUCAUUGAAGACGGUGGUGACUGGGACCGGAGGAAUCGUCUGAAGGCUUACAAGGGAUUGCACCUGCUUACGAUCCGCUCCUACAACCUCGCCGCUCCUCUUCUCCUAGACAGCUUGUCGACAUUUACGAGCUACGAACUCUGCAGCUACUCCGCCCUCGUGAUCUACUCGGUUCUUGCGGGCUCGUUGUCUCUGAAGCGUGUGGACUUCAAAGAGAAGGUUGUCGAUGCAGCAGAGAUUAAGGCUAUUUUGGGCUCUGGUGAGGACCGAUUGGCUGCUUUGACGGGUGAAGUCUCUUCUGGCCCCAGCGCCGAAGACGAGGAGAUGAAAGAUGCUACCGUCCAGCGGACAACCACAGGAGCGGCCCAGACUGCCAUUAACCUCACCACGUUGGGGACUGGCUCGGGCCAGCAGGCUGAGGCCGAGGAACCCGUGGACUUCUCUCCGCUUGCAAACCUGGUCAACAGUCUCUACAAUGGCAACUACCAAUCGUUCUUCCGAGCUUUGGCGGCUGUUGAGGACAACUUCCUGAACAAAGACCGGUAUUUGUACGAGCACCGCGCUUGGUUUGUGCGGGAGAUGAGACUGCGUGCAUACAAGCAGCUGCUUCAAAGCUACCGGGUGGUAGGAUUGAAGACCAUGGCUAGCGACUUUGGUGUUACCGUCGACUACUUGGACCGGGAUCUCGCCAAGUUCAUCGCCAGCGAGCGUAUCGCAUGCACAAUCGACCGUGUCAACGGCAUUAUCGAGACGAACCGCCCUGACUCCAAGAACAAGCAGUAUGCAGAUGUGGUGAAGCACGGUGAUGCCCUGAUCACCAAGCUUCAGAAGUAUGGCCAGGCUGUGCGGUUGCGGGGAAGCGAACGGAGCUAGAGGGAUAAUGGGUUGCAUAGCAUGUUAUUUUCCAUUGAUCUUCUAAUGCCAUGUUGGUUCAUGACUUUGGGAAUUGAAUGAUUUGAGAAUUUCCGUCGUCGAUGUCGACUGUCCCCCUAUGUGUUAGACAAAAGCAUGCGAGGCUGCUCAUAUCUUAAAGUACAUUUAAUGCCAUACACUAUGACUCAAGACAGGGCCUGCGCGGUGAAAAUACUGG